AUGUACCCAUCGUAUUAUUUGGUAUUGCUUAUAUUGCCGUUGUACAUCGCACAAAUAACGGUAUCAAAUGAAGGUAAUGAGGCAAUACAAGCAGCAAUAAAAAAUGAAGAAAUAAGUACUACGACUAAUGACAGUAAAGCAAACGAAAAACGGUACAAAUGUGAAGUAUGCGAUAAGCAGUUCGGAUGUUCAGGCACUCUGAAACGCCAUAAGGUGAUACAUACCGAUGAAAAAAAUUACAUAUGUAAAGUAUGCAAUAAAGUAUUCCAAAGGUCCGACUAUCUGAAGAACCACCAAGUGACGCACGGAAACCAACGACCAUUCAAAUGUUACGUGUGCAAUAAAACAUUCAAAUGGUCCGGCAAUCUGAAGAAACACAAAUUAACGCACGAAGACGAACGACCAUUCAAGUGUCACGUUUGCAACAAAACAUGCAAACGGUCCGGUGAUUUGAAAAUACACAAAUUGUCGCACGGAAACGAGCGACCAUUCAAAUGCUGUGUGUGUAAUAAAACAUUCAAACGGUCCGGCGAACUGAAGAAACACAAUUUGACGCACGGAAACGAACGACCAUGUAAAUGUCACAUGUGUAGUAAAACAUUCAAAGUAUCUAGGAAUCUGAGGAGACACAUGUUGACGCAUGAAAACGUGCGGUCAUUCAAAUGUGCUAUUUGCGAUAAAGCAUUCAAACAGCGCUGCGCUCUGAAAGAACAUAUGAUGACACAUACGGACUUUGAAAAGGUACUGAAAUGCAACAUAUGUGAUAAAGCAUUCAAAGGAUUCCGAAAUCUGAAGAGACACAAAUUGGCGCACGGAAAAAUACGAUCAUUUAAAUGUGAAGUAUGUGGUAAUGCAUUCAAAGAAUCCGGAAAUCUGAAGAGGCACAAAAUGACGCACGGAAACGAACGACCAUUCAAAUGUCACGUGUGCAAUAUAACAUUCGGAAGGUUUGGUAGUCUGAAGAGACAUCAAUUGACGCACGAAAACAUACGACCAUUCAAAUGUGAAGGAUGUGGUAAGACUUUUACUCGAAAGGAUAAAUUGAAAGCACACUUUAAUACACAUAAAAGUUUCAGUAAAAAGCUAUAUUCUACAGAAAGCUCCUUAAAAAUGUUGAUAUCAGAUGCCAUCGACACAGGGAUAUCAAUUAGGGAAAUAAUUAGAUUCGCAGGACUGUAA